CCAGCAUCAGCAUCAUCAAUUCUUGUUCUUACAACUCAGAAGAUGGAGAACAACUGCGAUUUGGAACUUCGUCUCUUUCCAACAUCUUCUUAUGAUGAGUCAGAUACCUCGGUGGUAGAAUCAAGAAGCUGUGGAAAUUCACUAUCGAAGGAAGAAGAAUCUCAGAGGAUCACAAUUUUCUACAGUGAAAAAAUGUGUGUUUCUUCGAAUGUUGCCCAUCUUCAGGCGAAAUCUAUAAUAUUGAUCGCGAGUAGAGAGAUGGAAGAGAGGUCAUCCUCAAACGGGUCGGAUCCUCGGAACAGGUUGACCCGAUUACAUCAUCAUCAGCUUCCAAAUCCAAAGGCUUCUAUGAAAAGAUCUCUCCAAAGUUUUCUUCAGAAACGGAGGAUUCGAAUUCAAGCAGCUUCACCGUACCAUCAUCAUUCACGACCAUAUUGUUUUUAUUUUGUUUCUCAAUUUUUAUUUGACAUACUUUAG